CGAGCCCGGGCAGAGAAGGCGGUUGGGGGCCUGGGUGUCGAGGGGCGGAGGGGAAGCGGCGUCCUAAACAGCCGGCCGUCUCCAGCCCGGGCGGCGUUUCCGGGGCUUCCUGAGCGCUUCUGCUUUGGAGGCGCCCCGAGGCGCGCGCUCCUGUGCUCUUUGCCGGCGUCCUCCUCUUUCGGGCUGUCCGCAAUGCCUUUUCUGGGGCAGGACUGGCGGUCGCCGGGGCAGAACUGGGUGAAGACGGCGGACGGCUGGACCAGGUUCCUGGACGGGAAGGACCACGGCGGUUGCGUCAACGAGCGGAACAGUUACUGCUGGAAAGAGGAGUACAACAAGGAGAACAUCUUCAACAACCUGAACUGUGAUGUUGCUGCAAAAAAACGAAAGAAGGACCAGCUGAACAAUAAGACCAGGAUUCAGUAUUUUCACCAAGAAAAAUGGAUUUAUGUACACAAGGGAAGUACCAAGGAACGCCAUGGCUAUUGCACUCUGGGGGAAGCUUUCAAUAGGCUGGACUUCUCUAACGCUAUUCUGGACUCCAGAAGAUUCAACUACGUUGUACGGUUGUUGGAGCUGAUUGCAAAGUCUCAGCUGACGUCGCUGAGUGGAAUUGCCCAGAAAAACUUUAUGAAUAUCUUGGAGAAAGUUGUACAGAAAGUUCUGGAGGAUCAACAGAAUAUCAGAUUGAUAAAAGAAUUGCUGCAGACUCUGUAUAAGUCACUUUGCAUCUUGGUCCAGAGUGUUGGCAAGUCUGUUCUGGUUGGAAACAUAAACAUGUGGGUCCACAGAAUGGAGAUGAUUCUUCAUUGGCAACAGCAGCUGAACAAUAUCCAGAUCACCAAGCCUGACUUUAAAGGGUUGACUUUCACAGACCUGCCCUUGUGUUUACAAUUAGACAUCAUGCAACGGUUGACAGAUGGGCGAGACAUUGUGAGCCUCGGGCAAGUGACUCCAAGUCUUCAGGUGCUCAGUGAGGACCGACUCCUCUGGAAAAAACUUUGCCACUACCACUUCACAGACCGACAGAUACGGAAGCGGCUCAUAUUGUCUGAGAAAGGGCAUUUGGACUGGAAGAAGAUGUACUUCAAGCUUGUGAGAUGUUAUCCAAGGAAAGAGCAAUAUGGAGAUACUUUGCAGCUCUGUAGACACUGUCAUAUCCUUUCUUGGAAGGGCACUGAUCACCCAUGUACGGCUAACAACCCAGAGAGCUGCCUGACUUCUCUUUCACCACAGGACUUUAUCAACUUGUUCAGAUUCUGAAUUCCCAAAUAAUUUCAUAACCUAUCGCAUUAUUCUGAUGGGACACUUUACACUGCUGAGCAGAAGGGCUCAAUUUGUAUCAUAGCCUGUAAAUAAUACGUUUUGAUGUUCCUGAGUCAAGAGGACAAGAGAUUUUUAGAAGGCAAAAGAGCCAUAAUCCCAUGGCCUUGAACUCUUCUGAGAACAUAGCCUUCUAAUUAGACUGAUAUGUAAAAAGGCAAGAUUUUUGUAAAUAUUAAGCUUGGUGAGAAUUGGCAUGCAAGCUUUAGGGGACAAACUUGGCUCAAUUUAGAAAUUCAAAGAAGAUUUACCCUGCAACCAUUGGAAGUGUCUUCUGGAUUUUCAAAACCAGAGGAAUGAAACACUACAGUUAGGUUAAAACUUGGAACUACUCCUGACGUUGCUUGUUUAUCUGUUUGCAGAUUAUGUUUAUACCUAAAACUUUUUUUUUUGAAAAGAGAUUUACAAGAAUACAUCCCUAUAUUCUUAAAAAAAAUGAACUGAAUCCACAUAAAAUAACAUCCCAGUUUCUACCUCUGAAAUAGAUUUCCAAAUAAACUAAUGUGCUGUAUGAAGCAUCUGUACAUCAUCUACAGAGAUGUUUAAAAAACUGUUGAUAGUAGCAUUCCAUGUGCUGCUUUUUGUUAACACUUAAGUUUUAAUUUAGCUGGCUGUCUUUUUUGUGGUAUUUAAAUGUAGCCAAGUUCUAGGAAAUUUGGAAAUUUCCCUUGGUCAUUCUCAGAUACCAUUGAAGGCUGACUAUGUUGAAAGAACAGAUUAGGCAGCUGGAUAAUUACUUGAGAAGAGCUUUUACUAAAAACAUGUUUUAAUUUUUCAACUUUGCGUGCAGUGCAUAUAUUGCAUUUACUCAUUAUAUGAGCAAAAGGCCCAAGAAUCUCUGCACAGUUUAAACAUGGAAGAUCCAUCACUAGAUGAGGAUUGCAAUAUCUGGGCUGCAAAACACAAAGCAGCCACUAGAUGUCAGAAAAGAGUUAACUGACAACAGUGUUUCUCAACUUUGGCAACAUUAAGAUGUGUGGACUUCAACUCCCAGAAUUCCCCAGCCAGCAUGCUGGCUAGGGAAUUCUGGAAGUUGAAGACCACACAUCUUAAUGUUGCCAAAGUGGUUUACAGUGUGUCUUUGCUGACAUCUACUGGUCACUGAGGCUUUUGCAACCCAGGCAUGACAACCCUACCCUAGAAUGCGUAUUGGCUGUUGCCUGUGAUCUCAUGAACUCAGUUUGGCAGUUUCCAUAUCAUUUGAUAUUGAAAUUGGUGAUGCCACAGGGGUUACACCCAGAGCCUUCUGCAGAUAAAAGAUGGGGUCUGCUAGGACCCCUCUUCCUAUUUGCUAACAAAUUUACAACAUUGGGUUUGCAUCAUGAGUGAAGAUGAAGUACCUGAUUUUUUAAAAAAUUAUUAUAGAUGCAUGCACACUGCAUAUCCAAGUAAUGACAUUUCUAGUCUCAAAUUCAGAUUUCUCAAUAGCUGAGAAAGAGUGUCUGGAUCAUCAGGAAGUUACCUUACUCUUUCUCUUUGAGGCUUCUUCCCCACUGCAGUGGAAAAAAUUCCCACAUGGGCAUGGUCUUUGUCUCAAAGGGUGAGGAGGGUUUGAGAUGCUGAUGUGGCCAAGAAAAUAGGAAGUCAGAUGGAAUAAGGGCAUAUGAACAGAGAUAACAAAAUAGGCAUUAACGAUAGCUUUAACUAAUGCUACACUGCAACAGUUCCUGGGAAUAAUUAUCAACAACUCCAUCUGUGAACCAAGCUGGUAGCUUGAUUCUACCACCCAGGAGUGCUGUGGAGUGAUUGCUGUUAACAAGGGUACAUCGUGUACAGGAAUUUUACUAGAGGUUCUUGCAAAUUCUUUGAGCAUACCUGUGCUCAAGAAUUUUCUUUUCCCAGAGAAGCGUGGGAAUGUUUGGUGGGAAAAAAAUGAAUUAAGAUUCUUCUUAAAGAACGUUCUCAGCAUCCUCAAGAAAGUGGAGUUCUCAGAAUUUGACUUAAAAGGAACAAGCACAAUGAUAAUAAUACAGGUAGUCCUCAUUGACCAUUCACAGUUACAAGGUGAUGAAAAAGUAACUUUAUGACCAGUCCUUGCACUGAUGGCCUUCACAGGUCUGUAAAGCAAAAGAAAGCUGAAGUGAGAUUGUAAGCACAGUUGCGGUUUCACUUAGCAACCAGAUGGCUGGUCCCAAAUGUGGUUGCUAAAUGUGGACUACCUGUAAUUGAUAGGAAGCUCAUGUGUUUAUAGAUAUGCUCUUUCAGAAAGCAGCACUGUUUGAGAAAAUAAAGGAUUAUCAGACGUAAGGAAAAGGUUUGGUGAUUGGGUGAUUACAUGCAGAUGAGAAUUAUAAAGAACAGAAAGGCUCAGCAGCAUCUGCAGGACAGGGCAAGGGGUGCAACAUGACAAAAGCAGUAUGCAACCUCAUCAGACAAGGCCCACCCCAUUUGUACAGGAAUGCAAAAAAGGGCAAAGCUUGUGGCAUGACGCUACUUUUAUUAUUCCUACCAAAGCAGCAAGCUCCUGCAGAUGCUUGUGGAAAGGGGACUUUUAAAGUGUGCUUGGGUAUGUGUGUGUGAAGUCAUUUAUUUACUAUAUCACUCACUUUCAAAAAAUCACUCAGCAUUGGUUGCAGACCUGUUAUUCUUCUGGCCCUAUUAAACACUACAUAUACUUACCCAGUCUUGAGAAAACUGUCUGCUACUGAACACACUUGGUUGAUAGGAUCUGAAUUUGGAAUUUUUCGAUUUGACAAACGUGAAUUUUACGCUGUAGAAAAGCUGAUUGUUGCACCUAUGUUGUUUGAAUGCUAAUAAUAAUAAUCUGCAUCACUUGUAUAGGAUUAUUAACCUCAUAAUUUUUAAGUUAAUCUAGAUCUUUCAGCUUUCAAAGAACUCCAGGGACAAAAGGCAUAUUCCAGAAUAGUCUGGUUGACUCUAUCACCCUUUGCCUGUAGUAGAUUGGAUCUCUUGAAAGACCAUCUGGUGAAAUCUUUACUUUUGCACAAGUUUGCACCAGUGUAUUAGGGCAACCAACAAGUUAACUUUCCAUACAAAUUAAUAGUACACGCACGCACACAGACACUCACACCCUGCUUGCCUUUGCUGAAAUGGACCUGGAACCUACAAAAUCUUGAUAGGAUGUUCUUUGGCUUCUAUUCAUGCACUACAGAAGGGAGGAUAGAGUUGACAGUUUUCUCAGCAACCUGGUGAUGCUUCAUUUUAGCAGCCUGAUAAACAUCUUGCCGUGUUUCGUGAAAACAGCUCCUCUUGUUUGCUAAAUUGUUGGCAACACUGCCUUGCUGUAAAUAUGAUGCUUUUAUAACUUGGAAGGGUCUGAUCCAUUCUGCGUACAAGAUUGGUUCUUUUUAUUUAAGAUUUGGCAUUCUAGAGUUCUGCCUAUAAAUACACAAUGCAAAAUACUUUUUUUUUUACUGUUCCCUUCAAACCUUUUCACUGCUAGUUCUUUUUCCUUUCCAUAAAAACAUCCAAUUCAGCAGGAAAAGAGAAAAUAGCUGCAUUGGGUUUUGGGUUAGAUAUCCAUUAACACUCCAUUAUCUUUUGAAUAGAGUGUUUUGGUCUUGUAAUUAUUUUUUUAUAUUGUUAUGAACCAGUCUGGGAUCUUUUCAAUGCGAAGACGUAUAAAGAGAUUUCGAGGAGGAGGAGGAGGGGGAAUCUAGAAAAAAUCUGGAAGCACAUUCAAACACUUGUCUGAUAAAAUGCUUUUGCACUACAGUAGAUUCUGUAUCUUUGCAACGACUUGAUGGCUAACAACUGUUGCUAUUCCAGAAUUUUUUUUUUCCCAUUUCCAUAAUCCAAAACUUUGGGGAUGUUUACUGAACCUCAGAGCCAUCCCCAUGCAGGCUAUAAAAUAACAUAAAGUGAUUUCAACUAAGCCCAGAAAUCAGUGAGCCAUAUUAUAGCUAUUAAGAGCAUCUAUUAAGAUGGUAGCUGCAAUGUUCUUAUUGGCAGAAGCUCUAAUAGUUCUCUUGCGUGGAAAUGUGCUACAAGUAGAAUCACAGAAUUUGUCCAAAAGCAUGUAUUUACAACAUUCUAGCUUUGUUCCAGAAAUACGUUGGACCUGAAAGUCUUGAAAUGUUUAAUCUUACAAUGUUGAACUUAGUAUCUGCCUUCUGGAAUGGCUCCUUAGCACCUUAUGUUGUAAAAUCCUUCACUUGUAUGCAUUGGUAGGAACCAGAUGAUACACCAGAAAGACCUUUGAAAUAUUUUUUAUCGCAGUUCUUCUAUCCUUAUGUUUAAAUUAUUCUUUUUUCUUCUUCUGACAGGCUGGGAUUAAAAACUUUCACUAGUAAGGAUUGUGGGUGGAGUUGGAAAAAUCUGCAGGAAACCUUCUAUUCCAGGAUGCUAAAAGGACUUUUCUGGAGUGUUUGGUUAGAUUCUAUCACAGUAAUACAUACUGAUGUCAGUGAACUUACAAAUAUUGUAGGCUCCACAAUGUUUGAAAAGCAAGGGAGAUACUCUUUAUCCUACUGCCAUAGAACAGGACUUACUAUACCGAGAAGGUCCACACAUGCUAAUGUAUGAUUUAGAGCGUGGCUUUCUUGAAGAGACUUGGUAGAGAAGACUGUCCUAUGCCAAUUUUAUUUUCUGCUCCUAUAGUUUCAGGCAUUAGGCUAAACUAUAAUAUGACUUACUGUAUUAAUUUCUGAGCUUAGUUGCAAGAACCCAGCCAUGGAAGGAGAGGGUUGUAAAUAGUAGUUUAUAGUGUAGCACGAUAUAUGAAGCCAGUCAAUUGUGAUUUGGCCAACAGACCAUGGUUAAGUCAACUACAGCUUAGAACAAAGCCUGAACUCAGUCACAGUCUUCACAAAAAAUACAAUUUUUUGCUGUACAUAAUGCCAGGAAGUCAGUUCCAAAAUAAAUUACAGUUAACCCACAAUUUAAUGGAUCUUGGUUUAGGAAGCAGACUUUGGAUACAAUGCACAAAUACUGUAUUUCAGUUAGACUUCACUCCAAUUGAACAGUCUGUUUUGCCCAGUUAAUAGAGGAUUUGUCCAGUGAAUUGAGGUUUCACUUCAAAUUAUGCUAUUUAAAUCAAUUUUAUAAUUAUGCAAAUGACAUAAAUUCAAACUUAACAGGCACAAUCCCCCAAUGGUCCAUUAAAUCAAAGUUUUACUGUGCUUUUUUUAUUUUCACAAAUGUUUUCAUUUUAGAAUCUAAUUAGCAUUAAUAAUAUACACCUGCCUAUAUAUGUAUAUUUGUUUAAGAGGGUUUUUAAAAUUGAUAUAGCACAAAGGGGUGAUAAAGGUAAAAAAAAAACCUCAUGUUCUUUUAAAAAUCCUUUUGUGUAGCGUAUUAGCAGGCUACUGAAAAUCCUUCUAUACAAAUUUUGCACAUUCUUUUUCUUGCAUGUUCAACUAUUCGACAACUGCUUGGUAUAAGUAGUGAUUAAUUUUUUUUCCUUUUUGUAAACUGUUUUUGACACUGAAAUUAUGAAUAAAAUAUUCUAAAAUUU